AUGGAGGGGUGGGACGUCGAGGUGCGGUUCGUGACCAGCUGCAGCCGCGUCUUUUUGGCCGACCUGUGCCCCGCCGACACGACCGUGGGCGACCUCAAGCGGAUGGUGUUCGAGCGCCUGGGCUGCCCGCCCCAGGACUUCUUCCUUGUGCCUUCCCCCCAACAGCAGGCAGUAGUCGGGCGCCUGGACGACCAUCGCACCUUGGCCCACUACGCCGACCGACUCCUGCAGCCCGCCGCCUGCGCCUCACCAGCCGCCACCGCCGGUCGGCCCUCUGUGCAGCUCCUGCUACGGUGGAAGUCGAAGCCGCGCUUGCUAAGAGUGGUGAAGGAGAUCAAGCUCUUGCUCGGGGCCAUUCCGCCGCCGGCCAACCGGGAGAUCUCCACCGCCGGUCUCCACCUGUGGGAGGCCCACGCCGCCACCAUGGCCCACUUCGUCUUCCUCGUCGAAGCACCCGAUGAGGCCGGCCCCUAUCGAGGUACCAUGCAAGCAAGCGGCCAUUUGUCGUGA